AUGAAUGGAAUGAAAGGCUCCUUAAAUAGUCGUUUAGAUAGACCUCCAACAAGGUCUUUAUUUGUAUUUACUGAAAAAUCUGUUUUAAACCUUGUUUUAACUCUCGAUUUUCGCGUUUGCAGGUAUACCGACAUUAUGUUAGGCUGUAUCGUUUUAGGCGAAGAGAACGCAUUUCCUGUUGAUUACGAUACAAGCAAGACC